AUGGAGGUGAAACUGUCCAAGAGAAAUAGAUGGAAGAGUUUGGGUCUGGACACAGCUCCGCACAGGUGUCAGAUUAAGACAGGAUUCGUUCUGCUACUAACACUGGCGUUCUUACUGACUGCCGUUGCUUAUGUCUCUGAAUUCUCUCUCAAGACUGCUGUGCUCCCUGACACCUUUUAUGAAAAAGUGCUAAAUCAGACACGCUCCUAUUAUGUUGCGAUUGAGUACCCAUCUGCCAGUGAAAAUCAAACUAGUCCUACACAAAUUCCUUCACAAUCCACAGACAUUUCAGUGCAUCAUCAUGUGGCUCAUCCAAGCAACUAUCAUUUCAUUCUGGACGAACCUGAUAAAUGUAGUCAGUGGGAUCCGUUCCUGGUCUUGAUGGUCCCUGUGGCGCCCCAUCAGGUAGAGGUUCGUAACGCCAUCCGGAGCACAUGGGGGAAUGAGAGCUCAGUGCAGGGAAAAGCAGUGCUGACUCUGUUCUUGGUGGGUUUGACUGGAGGACCUGAAGCUCAACAGAAGCUGGAGGAAGAGAGCCGUCAACACAGAGAUUUAGUGCAGAGCAACUUUGUGGACUCCUACUUCAACCUGACCAUAAAGACAAUGGUGAUCAUGGACUGGUUGGGCACUCGUUGCCCUCAAGCAGCUUAUGCUAUGAAGAUUGAUUCUGAUAUGUACAUAGGCCUGGAGAACCUGAUGAGCCUGCUAUUGGCCCCCAACACACCCAGAGAGAACUACAUUACAGGCUACUUGAUGUGGAACCGGGCUGUCAUCAGGGACAAAAACUCAAAAUGGUACGUGUCAGAGGAAUUGUACCCUGAACCGAAAUACCCCACGUACCUGCUGGGAAUGGGAUAUGUUUUCUCCAAUGACCUGUCAGGAAAAAUAGUUGAGGCUUCCAAGAAAGUAAAGGCCUUUAACAUUGAGGACGCAUAUGUGGGCGCUUGUCUGAAACAGUUAGGCAUUGCACCCUCAUCUCCUCCAGACCCUUCACAGUUUAGAGCCUAUCUGGGACAAUACAAGCGAGAGGGUUUUCUCAGAGUUAUUACAACAAUCCUGGGAUCCCCGCAGCAGCUAAUAGACAUUUGGAAGGAUCUAAAGAAGACCACAUAAAAGGAAUCAAAUUGGAAUAGAUUAGUGGUUGCCUUUAUUUGAUUAAUAAAAGACUGUUAUGUUGGAGACAGAGAACUA